AAACCCUCCCUUCCGCUCGCGCGGUCGCUCCCAUCGAGCCCUGUCCUCCGACCAAGGGUCCCUCCGGGCCUUCUUCCGCCGGAGGGGGGCACGACACCUGCCCCGCCGACAGUGGAAGGGAUUCCUCCUGUCGUCGUCGUCCUACUCCUCCUCGGCGCUGGUGGACUGCCGCGGGGAGAGGGUUCCUCGGAGUUUGGGUCGGUUUCUUGUGCACUUGUUGAACUUUGAUUUAGACUAUGGAUCUGGAGACAGAGAAUUGUCUUGCUUCUUUACUACUUGAAGAGGCGCGGAGAUUACAGUUAGAAGCUGACAGGGAAGGUGUUCAUGCAUAUCUUCGAAAGCCUAAUGUAAGGCAUCGUCCAAACUCUCGGUUCCUCAUGGCUACAGUUCGGGGAGUUCAGCAAGCAAACCAUGCUGUGGAGGUCAAUGAAAUGUGGCGUGCCAGGGAAAAAGAACUUGAGUUGGAGUCAAAGACGAAAAGCAGAAGUAGCAAGAGUAAAGAUCUUGAUGACUCUAGAGGUGAGAAGCGUCAAAGUGACUCAAGAAACCAUAGCUCCAGCUCAAGGGUUGAACAAGAAGGGAUCACUUAUAGUAAUUCCUACUCAGACCAGGAGGAUGGUCUGAGGGAUGAUGAAAUUGAAAGAUUUCUUCAGUCAAGGGUGAAGCGAGGACGUGGGGCUGUUGGCUCUAGGAUGGACGAGCCUGGUCCAUACCUUCAUUUGUUGUUCCAUCAUAAAGACGAGCCUAGUCCUGACAUACGGGUGGAAGAAAAAUGGGAACGCCGAGUGCAAGGCCCAGAGAAGCCUUCGUUUUUGGGAUCCAAGUCUCCUGAUGAUUAUUUGCAUAAAGCGUUGGAUAGAAAGCAAUCAAGCUCUGAACCACAGAGCAAGAAAGAAAAGAAAAGGAGAUCAGAGAAAAAAGAUAAGGGAAAGAGAUAAAAAUAAGGAAAAGUACACAAGAAGAAAUUCAAACAUCGCGAUCGUCACCACCACAAAAGCCAAAGAAGGGAGUGAUGUGCGUGUUUGCUAAACAGGAAAUUGUACACAAUGGUUUUGCCCUUAAAGAGGCAGCUAGUUGGUUGUUGCUGUGACUUGAAAUUUGUUUGUAUGGAAAAUCAACAGUGCAGAAUGGACUGCAGUUCAUAUAGAGUUCCGUUGCAUAGUUGUGGUGUUGAAGUCUAGCCUUUAUCCUAACAUGAUUAAUUUAA